CUUGCCACCCCGUGUCUCUGCUGGUGUAACGUGUGCACGCAACACCCCUCCUAAAGCGCUACAGCCAGCCCCGCUCCGCUCCCCGACAUGUCCUUCAGAGAUGUGAGCGGAUCGGAAUGGAGAACGGAAAAGAUGACAUUACCCAACAAUUUGGACAAUGGGUCGCUCCCUCUUAGGCUCUCUAAAUGGGUCUCCCUCCUGUCCCGGCUCGGGGAAGAUGCUUAAUUGUUUGCCGGGGAAGGGGGGGCGAGAGGGUCGGCGAUUGGCUGCCCGCGGCCGUGACGUGAGAGCUCGGUGCAUAAGGCUCCGGCUCGGGAGCGGUGGGGAACAUGCGGUCCAUUGAGGAGCUGCCGGGAGCCGGGAGCGGAGGCACCGCCGCGCACCGCCGCCGCGACACCCCGAGGCUCCAGCCCGUCCCUCCCCCGCGCGGGAGAGCCCGACCCAGCGCUUCUCCCGCCGCCUGCUCCUCGUCCUCCGCCGAUGGGAUCCUUGGGUCCGGAGCCGCGCUGAAGACUAAAAACCCAGCAAAAAAAAAAAGAAAAAAAAAGCAACCUGCCCCCACCCCCCCAAAAACAAACAAAACCAAACCAGCCCAAAACCAAACCACAGCAAACCCAGUGCCCCGCCAAGCGCACCAUGCCCGGCAGCCUGGCCCCUGCGCGGCCCGGGCUGGGACUUGUGACUAGUGGACUAGCCGUGUAGACGGGGGUAGGGGACCCGUCCUGCAGCUGGACACCGUGGCACGACGGACUGCGGCCACCACCGGGGGAGCGGACAGCGGCCUGAUCCGGAGCAUGAGCAUCUCUCUGUCCGUCUAGCACGGAGCUGCCCCGCCCCGGCGGCGGCCAGCCUAGAGCAAUGCUGCUAGCCACUGCUGCCAGAGUGAUUGACAAAUUUGAUGAAGGCAAAACUGAAGACGACAUCCUUGCUGUCGGUAACAUACGGAAACAAGCCUUGGCCCCCCUCUGGGAAGCUGAUAAGCGGUACAGUGGAAGAGCUACAUCUCGCAAAGCCUUGCAGGAAGAACUCUGGGCAGAGCCUCUGCAUGAAGCGAUAUCUGUAGAUGAAGAGACCUCUCACGAAAGGAACCCCGACAGUGAAGAUCCAGGAGAAGAAUCUGAAGAAGACAGUAAAGACAGUGAACCUGGUCAGGAUGAUAAGCUCAGCAGUGACCAGGAUGGUGACACAGAAGAUGACCAAGAGCGGGAGGAAGAGAUCUCUGCUAAGGAACCAAAGUUCAGUUUCCAGAACAUUGGUGACUUUGAGAAAUUUACAGAGGAGAUGGAUGAUGUGGGUAGCAGUGAUGACGAGGAUGAAGAUGAUGUCAGCAUAGAAGAGGAAAGUGAAGAGGAGGAAUCUGGGGAUGAAAAUGAGCAGGACACAGAGGAUGCAAAAGCAAGUGAAGACGACGGAGCAGUGAUGACUUUCUCCAAAGAAGAAGUGGCUGAAGAAGUAGAAAAAGGAAAAGCUGUGAAAAACCAAAUAGCUCUGUGGGACCAGCUGUUGGAAGGGAGAAUCAAACUGCAGAAGGCGCUCAUAACAGCUAACCAGCUUCCACAACCAGACACGUUUCCAGUAUUUCAGAAAGAAGGCGGACAAGAGUUUGCCAACGCUGUCAAGAACAGUUACAAAGCCCUGAAGGCGUUGAUGAGAACACUGGUGGACCUACAGGAUGAGCUGUUUUAUCAGUAUCCCGGCACGAGGCAUCUGGUAGAUGGAAAGCGCUCAAAUGUGGAAAGUGAUGAUGAAAUCCCCAGUGGCAGUGACGAAGAGAUGGGAGGUGAGGAACGAAAGAGGAGGCGAGGCCCACCCAAGCGAAAGCUGGAGAUGGAAGACUAUCCAGAAUUCAUGGCCAAGCGAUUUGCUGACUUCCGAACGUAUCGGGACAACACGUUGCAGAAGUGGCACGACAAGACAAAACUGGCUUCUGGAAAGCUGGGGAAGGGUUUCAGUGCCUUUGAGCGUUCAGUCUUGACUCAGAUUGAUCAUAUUAUGAUGGACAAAGAGAGAUUGCUACGACGGACACAGACCAAGCGAUCGGUGUACAGAGUGCUUGGAAAGCCAGAGCAGGAAUCUCCUCCCGUCCCUGAAUCUUUGCCUGGAAAUUCGGAAGUCCUUCCUCAGACAAAAUCCAACACACACCUGAAAGAUGUGGAUGAAGAGAUCUUUGACGAUGAUGACUUUUACCACCAGCUUCUCAGAGAACUCAUAGAGCGCAAGACCAGCUCUCUGGACCCCAAUGAUCAGGUGGCAAUGGGCAGGCAGUGGCUGGCCAUCCAGAAGCUACGAAGCAAAAUACAGAAGAAGGUGGACAGAAAAGCUAGCAAAGGAAGGAAAAUCCGGUAUCAUGUCCAUAGCAAGCUGGUGAGCUUCAUGGCACCUAUUGACCACUGCACAAUGAAUGAUGAUGCCAGGACGGAGCUUUAUCGAUCGCUGUUUGGAAAAAUCACGCACCCCGAUGCUCUCCCGCAGAAUUAGCAGCCGACCCUUGGGAGCAGGAGGACGUUUUCGUUCUUAUUCUCUGCGUUUUGGCCAACGUACAAAUGGAUCCUUUGUGUGUGGUUGGACACUUGCCUAUGCAACACCGGGGACCCUCCAGGCUGCCAUGUCUAGUCCAGUUGAGAAGAGGCAGCUCCACUUGCUUAAUGAUAUGGCCUUAAUUGCAGUCGUUCCUUGUAUGUGUUCGGGGGGAGAGAUGGUGGAGGCGGUGUGGGGACCAGCUUCCAGCUCUCACCGACCCCUGUGACUAAAAACCCCAAUGUGGACUCCAUUACUUGACUACAGUAUAACAAAUAAAUACGGCUUCCUGUGUAUGGGGAAGCUCUAGCAUCGUUCCUUUGCAACGUAAGAGGAGGAAGGGAGUGGUGCCUGCCUGUUAAAGUGUCUUUUCAUUUGCUGGGGAUCAUUCUACUUCAUUUCGUGCAGGGUUGUAGCUAGUUUGUACAGUGGCAGGUCAGCCCCAAUCAUAAGUGCAAGGAGAUCUAGCCCAGCUAGAGGGAGCCACAUCAUCUUUUAAAAUGAGCUGCGUUGUGGUUUCUGUAAGGAUCCAUUUGUGCUAAUUGCAGAAGGCCAUUCAUGGCCGUGGUCUUGCAGUCUGCCCUGUGGCCACUGUGGAGUGCCACUGAACUCAGGAUGCCCCAGCGAUGGCUGGUGUGCCCAGUGUGUCCAGCCUCCCGAGGCCUGGUCUGGCAACACCUGGUUCUGGUGCAUGAAAACGUGUGCUCUCUUCAUGGAUGGUGUGAAUUGAAACCCUCCACCUGCCAAAAGCAACAUCUAUAAAGCGUACAAGGGCAUUGACACAUUGGCAUCCAUCAGAACGCACUCACGUGGCCAGGACUAGUUUUUGCAGUCGGAAGAUAUUGGUGAGGUUUCAGGCCCGCUCUGAUGUUCCACACAUAAUUAUUUUUGCUGCUGCCGUGUACUUCUCCCUGCCUUCCCCCAGUGACACGCUUUCUGUAGGGGUGAGUACCGGUGUAAAUCUGGCCAGAGGAGAUGAUUCACUUGUUUUUUCAUCCGAAGGUCAAAAGCUGGGAAUUAAAAUCCCAUAAGGGGGAUUUAUUAGCCUGCUGUGAUCACUCUGAGAUGGAGAUUAUCUUGCCUAAGCAAUACGUGCAUAUGUAUGAUGUGUAACAGCAAGCUGGCCAUUGCUGGUCCACAGUGUUUACCCGCGGUAUCUGCGUUUUGCUUUUUAUACAAGCUGAUUAAAACGUUUUGCAAACUGAGUGGCCAAGACUGGGUUGGUGCAGGGAUGGUUCCUGGUUUAGGCAGUGGCAUGAGUUUGGGCUGCAAUGCUACUUGCCGCCAGGCGCAGAACCAGACCUGUGGGUGGAAGGGAAGAGAGGCAUUUCCCUGCCAGGCUGGGCAGUAUAAAGGGCCUUCAGGCAGUCUGUGCUUGGGCACCAGUAGUCAGGAUCUUUUAAGUGGGGGAGUGGUCAUUGUCAUGGGGAUAGAUGCACUGGUGCUUGUGGCCAGAGGGUUGUUUGUAGGGGUACAAGUAACAGCGUCCUUGCAGGCAUUCCUUUAGUGAACCAGAAAGGACAGACCUCAUCUCUUGGCUUGGCCAGCAUUGCCGCAGGGUUUUGCUGUUAGGACUUGAAAUGGUGGAGGACAGUAUGCAAAGAAGUGUGGAUAAGGCCAUUUUACCCAUAAAACUUGCAGGGCAGUGCCAGGCUUUAGUGUAGACGGGAAGGAAUAGACCCAGGGUGAAUGCAGGAAGGGUAAUUAAUGCUUUUGGUUUCAAGCAGCAAGCUGUAGUCCCUUAAUGCACCACAAAGGAGUCUGUAUUCUCUUAGGUCAAUAGUAGUUUACCUUUGCGCAGUGUCUUUCAUUUAAGGAUCUUGAAGAGCCCUGCAUGCACAGCUCUCAUGUCUCCUGACACUGCAUAAGGUAGGUAAGCAUUAUUGUCACCCAUUUCACAGCUGGACAUACCAACGUCUUUUACUAAGCAAUAAGUGCAUAGGAGACCAAUUAUAAACCAGUACAUAUUGGGUGUUACCUUAGUUUUGAUUGUACCACAGGGACAUUCACCUAUUUGGGUAUUUUAUACCUAAUGUUAUGCAUAAUGUCUGUAGUCACCUAAUGGUGUUGAUCACGGGUAUCAGUGCUGUAUUUUGCUUUAACCACAGUGAUAUGCAAGACUUUUAGAAAUAUUGGGCUGGGGUUGCUAUCAGAUUUGGUUCCACCCUGCAUGGCACUUGAAUAAUAGUUGCUCCAAAAUAUGAGAGCAAAUAAUAUGUUUCAUUCGAUGGAGCAUCUGAAAGGUAAGUGGUGGAGGUGGUAUAAAAUACAUAACUGUACUAGGCGGUUUUUAGAAUUCAGGAUACCACCCUCCUUCAAGCAAAGAAUAAAUUGGAAACUAGUUUAAUUGACACGGAUCCUGCAAUUCAACUGUUAACUGAAGGACAGAUUAGUUGAUUGAUUUGCAUUUUAAUAAAACCUAAUACUUUA